UGAUUGAGCAUGUGCAGCAGAGCAGACGUUCAAGAGAAAGAGGUGGGACAAGACAACUGAAGGGCCUCGUCUUAUAUAUAUAUAUGUAUAUAUAUAUGUAAAGAUCUGUUUAGACAAAUAAUUUCGAUGGCCAUUCAGUGUGUGUCUAAAAUCGAGCUCUCCGUCUCCUGCAAUAAUCUCCUGGAUAAAGAUGUUGGAUCCAAAUCUGAUCCCCUCUGUGUUCUGCUGCAGAGUGUUGGGGAGGACAAAUGGACAGAGGUAGAACGCACAGAAAAAGUGAAGAAUUGCCAGGACCCCAAUUUCUCUACAAAACUUCACAUUGACUACUACUUUGAGAAGGUGCAGAAACUGAAGUUUGGCAUCUAUGACAUUGACAACAAGUCUGUUGACCUCAGUGAUGAUGACUUCCUGGGAGGCUUUGAAUGCACACUUGGCCAGAUUGUGUCGAGCAAGAAUAUUACCAGACCCCUGCAGCUCAAGACAGCAAAACCAGCUGGAAAAGGCACAAUAACAAUCUCAGCUGAAGAGGUGAAUGACAACAGGGCUAUUGUGCUGGAAGUGGAAGCCAAAGGCCUGGAUAAGAAGGACAUGUUUGGGAAGUCUGAUCCAUUUUUGGAGUUUUUCAAGCAAGGAGAUGACGGCAAGUGGCAGCUUGUUCACAGGACAGAAGUCAUCAAGAAUAAUCUGAAUCCAUCUUGGAAAAAGUUCACUGUCUCCUUGCAUACAUUUUGCAGUGGUGACUUGAACAAACCAAUUAAGGUUCAUUGUUUUGAUUAUGAUAGCGAUGGAUCUCAUGAUCUCAUUGGUGUGUUUGAAACGAAAGUGUCAGAUCUACAAAAAGCAGUUCAUGGUUCACCGGUUGAGUUUGACUGCAUUCAUCCAGAGAAGCAGAAGAAGAAAAAGAGUUAUAAAAACUCAGGAGUCAUCAAGAUUAAAGAUUGCAAGCUAGAGGCACAGUAUUCGUUUCUGGAUUAUGUGAUGGGAGGUUGCCAAAUUAACUUCACGGUGGGCAUUGACUUCACUGGCUCUAAUGGAGACCCCCGCUCACCUGAUUCUCUGCACUAUCUCAGUUCUAAUGGCGUGAAUCAGUAUCUGUCUGCAAUCUGGUCCGUUGGUUUGGUAGUGCAAGACUAUGACAGUGAUAAACUUUUCCCGGCCUUUGGAUUUGGUGCUCAAGUGCCUCCAGACUUCAAGGUUUCCCAUGAGUUUCCAUUGAACUUCAAUCCCAGUAGCCCUUAUUGCCAAGGAGUGCAAGGCAUCAUAGAUGCGUACCGCACGGCUCUGCCUCAAGUCCGUCUCUAUGGUCCCACCAAUUUCUCACCCAUUAUAAACCAUGUGGCCCGAAUUGCAGCAGGAGCUGCUCAGCAGCCAAAUGCAGCUCAAUACUUUGUGCUGUUGAUAAUAACUGAUGGGGAGAUCACUGAUCUUGACCAGACCAGGCAAGCCAUUGUGAACUGCUCCAAACUACCCAUGUCCAUAAUCAUCGUGGGUGUGGGAGAGGCAGACUUUAAAGCCAUGGAGUUUCUGGAUGGAGACAAUGGAGUUCUCAAAUCCUUGACUGGAGAGUCAGCGACCAGAGAUAUUGUGCAGUUUGUGCCCUUCAAACAGUUUGCCAAUGCCCAAAAAGAAGCUCUGGCUCAGAGCGUUCUAGCUGAGGUGCCAAAUCAACUGGUGUCAUACUUUAAAAUGAGAAGUCUGUUGCCUGUCAACCCUCCCUCAAUCACCAAGUAGACAGGUUUGCACCAGAGACUGAAACAUACAAAUCAAAAUACAAUGAUGAUAAUGGGAUUAGUUACAAUGACUAUGGACUACCACUAGAGGGAACUACAGCUCUGUGCUCAAGGAGGCAGUAUGGGGACGUUUUAGUGUUGCAAAAUCCACCUAGAUUAAACCUGUGUUAUAUUUUUCCUUAUUAUACAAACUAUUUGCCCUCGCCAAAUUUUCUUUUCUUUUCAAUACUUUUUUCAUAUAUUCUACAAUUGAAUUGUUCUUGUUAAGCUGGAAAUUAGUUUAUAUGAAUGCUACUUUUUUAAAGAUUUAUUUUUCUCGAUUGUUACAUAUUUUAUAUUUUAUUUGUUUAUGGAUACAGAAAUUAUAGAUGCUUUAAAUGCCUUUAACCAUGUCAAGAUUUGAAAUCAUUUGUAUGCAGGUAUCAUGAUGCAUUAUAGCACUUGUGCUGCUUUUUGAAGCAGAUUUAAGCAAAUAUAUCUGUAAUUUGAAAUGCUGGUAUAUGCAAUGCCCCACACAUUCUACUGCAUGGUAGUUAUCAGAACAAGGUAAAUUACUAAAUGUAUCCAUCUGCUAUGCUGCAAUAAUACAUAUGAUUAGUAGCUAGAAACUUACCAAAUAAAUCAUUUCAUGACUUUUAUUUUUAAUUUUUUACUUAAAAAAUUUUAUUACCAUUAUGACAUCAUUUUGAUCAGAAUAUAUUGAGUUAAGAACCAGUUAAUAUGUAAUCUAACUACUCAAUGUAUGUAAUGUUUUAAUAAGCCAAGGAGAUGGAAUUUUUCAGUUUAUAGUUAUAUAGGCAUCAUACUGACUUUGGGACCAUUAAGCUGCCAAAUAACUUGUUUUUCAGGGUUGCAGUUAUUCUGAGGACAUAUAUGUUGGCAAUAAAUACUCUGUGUGCCAUGUAGUAUUUUAAAAAUGCCAUGCUGUUAAUUUGAUUUAUGUAACGCAACUGUUUGCACCUUAAUCGCACAGUAGUUAAUCUGCACUUCACUAGAGCAAACAAAUUAAAAUUGAGUCAUAGAGAUAUGUAUGCAUGAAUUUAACACAUUAAGCCUUAUAUGACCGUUAUCUUGGAAGUUUUAUUUGAAUCUAAUGAUUUAAAGUAAAGGGGAAUGUUGUUAUUAAUUUUUUUUCUGCUUGCUGUUGUUAUUUUUUUGUUAAUCACACGUAUGUUUACACAAAAAAAUCUUUGUUUUUUCUUAAGCCACCAGCACUUGUUGAAAUCGCUUUUUAUAUCUGCCAAGAAGAAAUGCUGAAUAAAUGGUCCAUAUUAA